ACUCAAUACCAGUAAGUUAACUCACUGUACAAGACUCUCCCCUUCACUUCACUCUACUGCAGGGUGAGAGAUGCAACAAUGUCCUUGAGAACAGCAGGAAGUGUGUUGGUGGUCUUUCUCUGGUCUGUAGCAGUGAUUCUGGGUCAGAAUAGCAGGAUUGUGACCUACACCAAGAAUAGUUUCUGUACCUUGAAGGGGUCAACAGUGGAUCUAUCCUGCUCUUACACAUAUCCCAGAGGUCAUACAGUCACAGCAACAACAUGGUAUAAAUGGAAGAGUUUGACCUGGACUCACAUCCAAGAUAAAUAUGAGGAUCGUAUAGAGUACCGUGGGAAUAAGGAGAAUGACUGCACCCUGAGAAUCACAGACCUGAGAGAGGAGGAUUCAGCAUCAUAUUACUUCUCAUUUUCAACAGGCUCAUGGACAUCUGGCUCAGCUGUCACUCUCUCUGUCACAGAUCUAAAGGUGACUGGGGGAACAAGAGGGGAGUAUUGGACGACACUGACCUGUAGCACCACCUGUACUCUGACUGACAACCCCACCUACAUCUGGUACAAGAACGGACACAAAGUAAAGGAGGACACUUCCAGCCUGGACUCAGACUCCUUUAGUGAUGCAGACAGUUACUCCUGUGCUGUAAAAGGCCAUGAGGAUCUCCUCUCUCCUGCAGUGUGUGUUCAGGGUCAGAGCUGCAACAGAGUGACUUACACCAAGAGGACAAUCUGUGUCUUGAAGAGGUCAACAGUGGACAUAUCCUGUACUUAUAUAAGUGGUGAUGAUACAGUCAAAUCAUCACUCUGGUUUAGUCCUAAACAGAGUGACAGCUGGAGGGAUGAGUUGAUCCCUGAGGACCUAACCACAGACCCAGGGUAUGCAGGUCGUGUGGAGUAUGUUGGAGAGAAGGAGAGAGGUCGCUCCACCCUGAGAAUCACAGAUCUGAGAGAGGAGGACUCUGCUCAGUACAAGUUCAUAUUCAACACACAGACAUCAAGAUGGGGACACAGCUUCCCUGGAACAACUCUGACUGUCACAGACCUGCAGGUGAAGGUGACUCCUGCCACAGAGGCAGGGAAGAGGACACUGACCUGUAUCACCACCUGUACUCUGCCUGACAACCCCACCUACAUCUGGUAUAAGAACGGACACAAAGUAAAGGAGGACACUUCCAGCCUGGACUCAGACUCCUUUAGUGAUGCAGACAGUUACUCCUGUGCUGUAAAAGGCCAUGAGGAUCUCCUCUCUCCUGCAGUGUGUCAGAAGUGUUGGAGUGUGACUUACACCCAUCAGAAGAUCUGUGCUUUGAAGGGGACAACAGUGGACAUUUCCUGCUCUUACACAUAUCCCAGUUAUCAUGAGAUCAAACAAGCUUUCUGGUUUACUAAAUGGUCUGGUCUGGAGGCUGAAGAUCUGAGCUCAGUGCCAGGGUAUGAGGGUCAUAUAGAGUACCUUGGGGAUAAGGAGAGUGACUGUACCCUGAGAAUCACAGACCUGAGAUUGAGUGACUCUGCUGGGUUCAGGUUCAGAUUCAUAACAUCUGGAGGAAAGUUUUCUGGCUCACCUGUCUCCCUGACUGUCACAGAUGUUGUGUUGGAGAUGGAUCCUACAUCUGUGUCAGAGGGGGAGAGAGUCACACUGAGAUGUAGAACCAAAUGUACACUGGACCCCAUCACAGCCUACAGUUGGUAUAAGAAUGGACAGUCUCUACCAAACAGCAACACCUCCUCUCCUGUCUAUAUCCUGUUCUCAGUCAGCAGUGAGGAUACAGGCAGAUACUCCUGUUCUGUAGAAGGACAUGAGAAUCUCCCCUCUGAUGAAGAGACUCUCACUGUCACAUAUGGACCAAGGAACACCUCAGUGUCAGUCAGUCCCUCUGGUGAAAUAGUGGAGGGCAGUUCAGUGACUCUGACCUGCAGCAGUGAUGCCAACCCACCUGUGGACAAAUACACCUGGUACAAGAAGAACGUAGCCUCACCAAAGGCAUCAGGACAGAGUUACAACAUCACUAACAUCAUCUCUGAGGACAGAGGAGAAUAUUACUGUGAGGCUGAGAAUAUAAUAGCAUCUAAUAACUCUACAGCUCUGAUGAUCAUUGUAGCAGUGAAACAAACCUCAGUUCUGACUGCAGCUGUAGGAAUCAUAGUGGUUGUUCUGGUUCUCAUCCUCUGUCUCUCUGGACUCAUGUGGUUCAGGAAGAAGGCCUCCAAAUCCACCUCUGACACAAGAGACACAGCAGACGAUGGACAGGGAGACUCUAGUCCAGUGUAUGACAACAUCUCAAACAUGGCCAUGACCUCUACUGCAGCACAGACAGCUGACACAGACAACCAGGAUGAUGUUCACUACGCCAGCGUCCACUUCUCUGGCUCCAAAAACCAGGAAGUGCCUCUGUACUCCACCGUCCAAGUGCCUCAGCCCCAGAAAGAGGAUGAGGAUGUCCAGUACGCUGCUCUGAAUUUCAACCUCCCCUGUGCUGCCACCCGCAGCACAAGCAGCUGAGGAGGACUCCUCUGUUCUCUACAGUACAGUCAACAAACCCUGAACCAAGAAGACCUGAACACAACAAACCCAAAAUCAAGAAGACCUGAACACAUCAAACCCAGAACCAAGAAGACCUGAACACAACAAACCCAGAAAGAAGAAGACCUGAACACAACAAACCCAGAACCAAGAAGACCUGAACAGAACAAGUUUGACAAAAACCUUGUAUAUCUGGACCUGUAUAUCUAAACUAAGUGAUAUAAUGCCUGUGGAGGUGUGGAAUAUUGACCAUUAUAAACUGGGUGGUUUGAGCCCUGAAUGCUGAUUGGCUGACAGGCGUGGUAUACCAGACCGUAUACCCUGGGUAUUAACAUUUGUAUUUACUGGUCUAAGGACAUUGGUAACCAGUUUAAAAUAAGGCACCUCGGGGUUUGAGGUGCAUCCAAGCACUCCGCGUUGCAUUGUGCAUAAGAACAGCCCUUAGUGGUAGUAUAUUGGCCAUAUACCACACCUCCUCAGGCCUUAUUGCUUCAGUUUAUAAUGGCAACAAGGCACUUCAGGGGUUUGUGUUGUAUGACCAACAUACUGUUCCAUGGCUUAUUUUAAACUGGUUCACAACAUAAAUAGAACAGUAAACAAGUAUUUUUACGUCAUACCCGUGGUAUAUUGUCUGAUAUACAGUAUAGACUUCUGAAAUGCUGUUUCAGCCAAUCAGCAUCCAGGGCCAAAACUACCCAGUUUAUAAUAGUAUUUAAUAAUAUAUGCCAUCGAGUAGACACUUUUAUCCAAGUCAUUAGUCAUGUUUGAAAACACUUUUCGUAUGGGAAGUCCCAGCAGGAAUUGAACCCAUGCACCAUGCUCUACCAACUGAGCCACAGGACGACUCUAUUCAAACGUAGAGUAGGAGUUCUGAUCUAGGGUCAGUUAUGACUCUGAAACAAUGAUGAAUGUGGACCUUAAUAAGGGACCUUAACAUUUUUUAUAUAUAUUUUACGUUGAAAAAUGUUGUAUUUCUGACGUAGGCAACCUUGAGUUCCAUUUAUAUCUUACAGUGCAUUCAGAAAGUAUUCAGACCCCUUGACUUUUUCCACAUGUUGUGAUGUUUCUAACUUUUGCUCAAAUUGAUGAAAUAGUUCUCUCCUCAUCAAUCAACACACUAAACUCAUAAUGCUAAAGCAAAAAAAUGUUUUUAGACAAUUUUGCAAAUGUAUAAAUACAAAAAAACUGCAAUAUCACAUUUACAUAAGUUUUCAGACCCUUUAAUCAGUACUUUGUCAAAGCACCUUUGGCAGCGAUUACAGCCUCGAGUCUUCUUGGGUAUGACGCUACAAGCGUGGCACACCUGUAUUUGGGGAAUUUCUCCCAUUCUUAUCGCCAGAUCCUCUCAAGCUUGGUCGUGUUGGAUGGGGAGCGUCGCUGAACAGAUAUUUCCAGGUCUCUCCAGGGAUGUUCGAUCAGGUUCAAGUCCGGGCUCUGGCUGGGCCACUCAAGGACAUUGAGAUUUCUCCCGAAGCAACUCCUGCUUUGUCUUGGCUGUGUGCUUAGGGUCCUUGUCCUAUUGGAAGGUUGAACCUUCACCCCAGUCUGAGGCCCUGAGCCCUCUGGAGCUGGUUUUCGUCAAGGAUCUCUCUGUACUUUUCUCCAUUCAUCUUUCCCUCGAUCCUGACUAGUCUCCCAGUCCCUACCGCUGAAAAAUAUCCCCACAGCAUGAUGCUGCCACCACCAUGCUUUAACGUAGGGAUGGUGCCAGGUUUCCUCCAGGCGCGAUGCUUGGCAUUCAGGUUUCAUCAGACCAGAUAAUCUUGUUUCUCAUGGUCUGAGAGUCUUUAGUUGCCUUUUGGCAACCUCCAAGCAGGUUUUCAUGUGCCAUUGGCUUCUGCUUCUGUCUGGCCACUCUACCAUAAAGGCCUGAUUGGUGGAGUGCUGCAGAUAUGGCUGUCCUUCUUGAAGUCUCUCUCAUCUCCACAGAGGAACUCUGGAGUUCUGUCAGAGUGAACAUUGGGUUCUUGGUCACCUCGCUGACCAAGGCCCUUCUCCCUCGAUUGAUCAGUUUGGCCAGGCGGCCAGCUCUAGGAAGAGUCUUGGUGGUUCCAAACGUCUUCUAUUUAAGAAUGAUGGAGGCCACUGUUUUCUUGGACAUUAAAAAAUACAGAAAUGUUUUGGUACCCUUCCCCAGAUCUGUGCCUCAGCACAAUCCUGUCUCGGAGUUCUAGAGACAAAUCCUUCGACCUCAUUAUUUUUGCUCUGACAUGCACUGCAAACUGUGGGACCUUGUAGACAGGUGUGUGCCUUUCCAAAUCAUAUCCAAUUAAUUUAAUUUACUACAGGUGGACUCCAAUUAAGUUGUAGAAACAUCUCAAGGAUGAUUAAUAGAAACAGGAUGCAGCUGAGUUCAAUUUCGAGUCUCAAAUCAAAAGGUCUGAACACUUAUCUAAAUAAUGUAUUUCUGUUUUUUAGUUUUAAUACAUUUGAAAACCUUUCUAAAAACCUGUUGUUUUUUUGCCAUUAUGGGGAUAGUGUGGUAUAUUUUUAGUUAAUCUAUUUUAGAAUAAGGCUGUAACAUAUCAACAUUUGAAAAAAGUCAAGGGGUCUGAAUACUUUCCCAAUGCAUUGUAUAUAAUUCUAUCUUAUUUAUGUUAUGUUUCUGAAACAAUCAUCAAACUUGUGAGACUUUUGCCUCAACGUCCAGGAAAGAGUUCUGCUUGAUGCAAUGUUUCUUAUUGCUUUUAUCAAAUUUUAUUUUUUGUAAACUGUGUUGUUACAUUUUUUUAAAUAGACUUUUAAGAAUGAA